CACAUCAAACAACAACAACAUAUAUACAACAACAACAAAAUGUCAGUCGUAGCUACCAAGUUUCUCAACAUCUUUAUGAAGGAUAAGAAGCGCCUGGACCCAGAGAGAGUCAAGGCAAAAGCCGCUGCCAAGUUGGAGAAGCGUUCUGCAGGCAACCAACAGUCAUACAGAGCUUCACAGACCAUCACCAGAGAGCAGUCGUCAUCAACGAUGACCACUUUCAGUACCACCACCCUCAAGAUUGAGGAGGAGCGCAUACAGACUAUACACGAGGGCGCCAACACCACACCAAUGCCACAGCGCAUGUGGUCAGAGCAGAUGGACAAGGACAAGGAGAGCUUCGCCGCCGACGGCGGAGAGUUCUCUGACAACUCUCUGCUUUCACAUCCAUCGUUCCUAGAGCCAUCCCGCGUCACCCGGAUCCAAAUCCAGAACGUCGCCAUUAUAUAUAACCCAUUCUCUGGCUCCAAGAUUGGAGAGAAGAUCAUGAAUGAGGCAAGGAACUACUUUGAGGUACAUGGACUGAAUGUUCAAAUUAUACCAACCGAAUAUAAAGGACACGCUGAGGAUUUGUGUAGGAAUAUGGAUAUUACAAGCAUAGAUGCAGUCUGUUUGGUUGGAGGAGACGGAACUAUACAUGAGGCUGUCAACGGAAUCAUGAAGCGAGAUCCACAGACACGUGAGAAGUUUGUCAUGGCAUGUCUGCCGGCGGGCACUGGAAACUCAUUCGUCAUGGAGCUGCAAGGUACUCUGAGUAUCAAGCACAUCUGCGAGAGAAUUCUGAACGGUCUCACCGUCCCCGUCGACGUCGCCAAGGUCACCUGCAUUAAGAAAGACACACUCACUCAAGACCUCAACAAGAAGAAGGCCGAGUACAGAAGUCUAAAGAGUACUUUGGCCAACAUUGACCUUAACUCUACACAGUUGUCCGAGUCCUUGGAUGCCAAGAGGAGAUCAUAUCACAAUCUGAAGGCCGUACGUCCCGACGCACUCAUGGACUUUGCCGCCGAGUCGAGCGAAGCCGAGGUAUACUAUAGUUUCAACUCACUGCAUUGGGGCUUGGGCUCCAAGGUCAACAUCACUGCCGAGAAGAUGCGUUGGAUGGGCAAGGCCGUCCGUUACACCACCGCCGCCGUCAUCGAGUUGUUCAAGGGCGAGAAGAUUCUGGCGCGUAUCGAGUAUGAGGAUGCCAACGGAGAGAGCUCUGCCAUUGAGGACGAGUUCUGUCUGGCAAUCAUCAACAACAUCCAAGGAGCUGCCAAGGGCAUGAAGAUGGCACCCAAGGCCAAGCUGAACGACGGACUGUUUGAUCUCAUCCUUAUCAAGUCGACCAAGGCACUGGACCUGAUGAACGUGUUUGCCAAGGUGUACGACGGAACGCACACUGAGCUCGACUACGUCAUCUACAAGCAGGUCAAGAGGUUCAGCAUCACUCCAUUCAAGAAGGACAAGGAGAGGAAGAAGCGUCUGCACAAGGAGAAGAAGAGACUGAGGGCGUUGGCCAAGAAGGAGGGCAGCGAGGCCGGUUCGCCACUGGAGAUUCUAAAGACUGAGUGUAACACCAUCCUUGCCGAGCUUGAGGAUCAGAUCGAGGAGGAAAUCAUCGACAUUGAUGGAGAGCUCAAGGGUGCCACACCAUUCCUCUGUGAAGUAAUCCCACGAUCCAUUCGAGUUGUAAUAUAA